UAUAAAUACGAAAAAGAAAUAGUAAGGUAUUUUUAGGGCUUUUCUUUUGGUGUUCUUAAACCCUCAGCUUCAUUACUACAACCGCCGGCAGCCUCUCUCAUCUACGUCCGUCAGGUGCUAAAAUUUAAAAAAAAAAAAAUGACGAAGGAAGAUAGGAAGAAAUCAAAGGUGAAAGAUUUAAAGAAAGAAAAACCAAUUAAAAUAAUACAAGAAGAUGAAGAAGAGCUAAAAAAAGUCAAUGAUAUAAAUAAUGAUUCUGAAGAUGAUAGUAUUGGUAGUCCUGUUGUUUCUGAUGAUGACUAUAGUCAGAGCUUAUCUGAAGAUGAUGACUCUCCAGGGAACUCCGAGUCAGAAUCAGAAACAGGAUCGGAGCAGAGUGAACUUCCAGAAGAUGAGAAUGUGGAAAACCAAAGUGAUGAAGGUGGUUUGAGUGAUGGAGCUGAUGAUAUCAAUCAAGAGAAUCAAAGUGAAAGCGAAGAUUCUCGUGAAGUUGUUGACGAGAGUGAUUCAUCAGAAGAUGAGGUUGGUCCUCGUAACACUAUUGGGGAUGUUCCUCUAGAGUGGUACAAGGAUGAGGAGCAUAUUGGAUACGAUGUUGCUGGGAAGAAAAUCAAGAAGAAGGAGAGACUGGAUAAACUGGAUGCGUUUCUAGCCAGAAAUGAUGACCCAAACAGUUGGCGUAGGAUAGUGGAUGAAGUUGAAGAUGAGGAAGUAGAAGUAACUAAAGAGGAAGCUAAGCUUAUUCGCAGACUGUUAAAAGGGAAAGCGCCUCAUGCAGACUUUGAUCCGCACGCGCCCUACGUUGAUUGGUUUACCUGGGAUGGGGCUAAGCAUCCACUCUCAAAUGCCCCAGAACCAAAGAGGCGUUUUAUUCCUUCGAGAUGGGAAAGUAAAAUGGUGGUGAAUGCUGUAAGCUUAUUAUUUUCACUCUUUUUAAUUAGUUUGUCGUAA